AUGGCGGAUUUUCUCCUCUUCGGCGACGUCGCCGCCUGCUGCAGCUUGGCCUCCGAGAUCUACCAGACGUUCGCCCACCAGGGCAUAUCCGACGAGUACUCCCGGCUCCGCGAGGAUCUCGACGAGCUGCGGCUCAAGUUGGAGACGGUCCAGCGCGAAAUCGGCGACGACUUUGGUUUUCUCGCCGACGACUUUGGAUCGCACUUGGACGACGUUCCGCCCCUCUGUCUGCCCCUCUGGGAUUUCAUGAAUGACAGCCUUCCGUGCCCGAGCGCGGCACCCAUCAAUUAUCAAGUCGAAGAUCCGUUUGCGUGGGUACGGCCGGAAGACAUUGCUCACGUCCACUGCCGCAUCAACAGCAUCGAGACACCCAAUCUUGACACAGCCAUGGCGACGUGCCGUGAGAUGUCCCAUGAGACGUGCCUCGAGAAUAUCGACAGCAACAAGAGCGGAAUCGCGCUCUGGCCAACCUCCACCAUACACUGCAAGCCAAUGCACAACGCUACUCGGCCCCUCUACUGCGGUGACGAUGACGGCGUCAACGAGCCCUUAGCUUAG